CUCUUCACACAAGUUAGAGGGAGACAGAAAACGUGGCUGUUUCGGAGGGAGGGCACAUCGGAGCGCACCCGAACUGCUGUUGCAGCCCAACUUCGUCUGUCCGGUUCUAGUUCGCCACUGUCUCCCCCCCGGACGACAGAAGCUGCCUAUCCGCACAGGGGAUGAGAAGGUGAAGUCCCUUGGCCGGAUAUUUUGGAUUUACAGUACAUGGUACUGUAAGGACUCGGCGUGACCCAGGACCCCGCACCAUGGAGCCAACAGUGAUGGAAGAGAGCGCGCAAUUCGAUACCACCAAUGAUACUCCAAACCCAGCCCCAGCCCCAACCCCAGCUUUCAGCUACGAUGAUGUUUUCCCUGCCUUGCCGGAGUCCAACAGUGUUGCUGCACCCACCAACAACACUCUUGGGCAAUGGGGCAACAAGAUGAGGAUCAGCACCAGCAACGUUAAUCAGGUGUUCCAUGUGCCAUUUGAAGAACGCCGUGAUGCCAGCCAUAAAUUUGGAGAAGGAGAAUCAAACCACAACUGUCUGCAUAUCAUGAAAGAGACCUCAACUGUUAUUGAAAUUUCAGUUAACAAAGAUCAAUCCUUGACCUUCCUAGUUCAGGGCAAGCAGCCCAAUGUCCUUGAGGCAAGGCGCAGAAUCCUUCAGCAAUUCCAAACUCAGGCUCAACAGAAGAUCCAUAUUCCCCAAGACCAUCACCGCCUUAUUUUGGGCAAAGCUGGGGCUCGCCUGAAGGAAUUGGAAAAGGCAACUGCUACUAAAAUUACCAUUCCUCGCCAGAAUGAGGACUCUGAUGUGAUUACCAUUACUGGACCCAAAGAAGGCAUUGACAAAGCUGUACAUGAAAUCAGCAUCAUUUCAGAUGAACAUUCUCGUCAAGCCAAUGAGAGGGUGGAGAUUCCUAAAAUUUACCAUCCUUUCAUUACUGGAGCCAACAAUGAGAAAGUAACUGCUUUGAUGGAGGAAACUGGUGUCAAGGUCCACAUUCCUCCCCCUUCUGUGAUGAAAGACGAAAUUUCGAUUGCUGGAGAGAAACAGGGUGUGCAGACAGCCAAAGAGCGCAUUCUGCAAAUUUUUGAAGAAAUGAAGAAGAGGUGUGCCACUGUUAGCAUUGAAGUUCCCAAGGCCCAGCAUAAGUAUAUCAUUGGCCACAAAGGUUCUGCUAUCAAUGAAAUUCUCUCUUUGACCGGUGUUAGUGUGGAAAUGCCUCACAAUGAAUCCACUGCUACUUCCAUCACUCUUCGUGGUCCUCAUGACAAAAUUGGAGCAGCUUUGACCAUGGUGUAUGAAAAAGCCAACAGUGUGGGAACUGAAGUUCUUGAUGCUCCUGCAUGGUUGCACAAGUACAUCAUUGGUCGUAAGGGAAGCAAAAUUAGGGAACUCACCCAAGAUAUGCCCAAGGUCCAUGUUGAAUUUGCUGACAAAGACAAAAUCAAAAUUGAAGGCCCUCCUGAGGAGGUUGCUAAGGUUGCUGAAAUCCUGCGCCCUCUUGUGAAUGAUCUGGUGCGCAAUAUGGUUUCAACUGAAAUCAAUGUGGACAUCAAAUAUCACAAACACAUCAUUGGCAAGGCUGGAGCUAACAUCAACAAAAUUAAGGAAGACACUGGCGUCACUAUCAAUAUUUCUGAGAACAGCAAUUCCAUUCGCAUUGAAGGCCUCAAGAAGGGAGUGGAUCAGGCUAAACAGGAAAUUUUAGAGAUGGUUACAAAAUUGGAGAAUGAAAAAGACAAGGAUGUCAUUAUUGAUCACCGUUACUUCAAGAGUUUGAUUGGAACUAAAGGCGAAAAGAUUCGAGAGCUCAGAGAAAAAUUCAGCCAGGUUCAGAUUGUGUUCCCCACCCUUGGUGAAAACCGGGAUGUUGUUAAAGUUAGGGGACCCAAGAAGGAUGUGGAUGAAUGUUGCAAGUGUCUUACCAAAAUGGUGAAGGAUUUGAAGGAGAGCAGUUUUGUGCUUGAAGUUCCAAUCUACAAGCAGUUCCACAAGUUUAUUGUUGGAAAGGCUGGAGCUAACAUUCGCAAGAUUCGUGAUGAGACCCAAACCAAAAUUGAUCUUCCGGGUGAAAAUGAUACAAGUGACGUCAUUGUCAUCACUGGCAAGAAAGAAAAUGUUGAGCAAGCACAAGAGCAAAUUCAGAAGAUCCAAAACGAGCUUGCUAAUAUCGUAACUGAUGAACUCAGCAUUCCUCCCAAGUUCUACAAAUCUCUGAUUGGUGCUGGAGGCAAAUUGAUUAGCUCAAUUAUGGAGGACUGUGGAGGUGUCAACAUCAAGUUUCCAGCUUCGGACAGCAAAAGUGAUAAGGUGGUGAUUCGUGGACCAAAGGAUGAUGUGGAGAAAGCCAAGCAGCAACUUUUGGAGCUCUCCAAUGAACGUCAGCUGGCAUCUGUCUCUGCUGAAGUACGUGCCAAACCUCAGCACCACAAGUUCCUUAUUGGCAAGAACGGUGCCAACAUUAAGCGCAUUCGUGAUUCCACUGGUGCCCGUAUCAUCUUCCCUACUGAUAAGGAUGAGGACAAGGAGGUGAUCACUAUUAUUGGCAAGAAAGAAUCUGUUGAAGCUGCCAAGACUGAUUUGGAGACUGUUAUUAAGGAAAUUGCUAACACAACUGAGAGCACCAUGACUGUUGAUCCUAAACACCAUCGUCACUUUGUUACUCGCCGUGGUGAAGUUCUGCAUCGCAUUUCUGAUGAAUGUGGAGGAGUUUUAAUUUCUUUCCCUCGUGCCAAUGAUCCAAGUGACCAGGUCACACUCAAGGGCGCCAAGGAGUGCAUUGAGGCUGCCAAAGCCCGUAUUUUAGAAAUCAUUUCUGAUUUGGAAGCCCAGGUUUCCAUUGAGUGUGUUAUCCCCCAGCAACACCAUAGAACUGUCUUGGGCACUCGUGGCUCAAGGGUUCACAACGUUCAAGCAGAGCACAAUGUUCAGAUCAAGUUUCCUGACCGUGACAACACUGCUGAGUAUGUCCCUACUGCCCAACAAAACGGCAUUGAUGGCAUUGAGGAAGGUGUCCGUGUUUGUGAUGUGAUCAGAAUCACUGGUAAGCUUGAAAAUUGUCAAGCUGCCAGCCAAGCUCUGAAGGAUCUAGUUCCCAUUACGGAAGAAGUGUCAGUUCCACAUGAAUACCAUCGUGCUAUAAUUGGUCAGAAGGGCAAGGAUGUGCGUGAGCUUAUGAAUAGGUUUGAUGUUCGCAUUUCUGUGGCGCCACCAGAACAGCAACUUGACGUUAUCUCUGUGAUUGGUGUUCCGGCCAAUGUUGCUGCUGCAAAGGAGGGUAUUGAGCAGCGAAUCAAGGAACUGGAAGCUCACAAGGCUGAUAUGGCUUUGAGGUCAUUUGAAGCUAAGGUUGAAAUUGAUGCUGUGCUCAUCCCGAAGAUUAUUGGUCGCAAGGGUGCUGGUAUUACAAAGAUUCGUUCUGACCACAAUGUGCAAAUCAGUGUACCACAGAAGGGUGAUGAAAACGAAUCCACCGUCACCAUUACGGGUUAUGAAAAGGAUGUUUAUGCAGCUCAAGAGACCAUCAUGAAGAUAGUGAAUGAAAUGAAUGAACUUGCAAGGGAACCAGUUGAAGUGGAUGCUCGAGUCCACUCCCGUCUCAUUGGUAGUAGGGGACGUAACUUACGCAAAAUGAUUGAACAAUUUAAGGUUGAUUUCGAGUUUCCUCGGGGUUCUGACCCAGAUCCUAACAUUGUCACACUUGUCGGACCACCUGAAAAUAUUGAUGAGUGCAAGGAAUACCUCCUCAAUUUAGUGGAAGAAUAUAUGCAAGAUAUGCUGGAUGAGGAGUACCGCAACAGUUUCCUGAAGUCCACCAAGGAAGCCAAGACCCCCAAGGAAGCCAAGGGGCCCAGCGACCCGGGCUUUGUCGUCCAGGGAGCACCCUGGGAGCAGAAAGCUCCAAACAUGGAGAGCAAGGAAGAGUUCCCCUCCUUUGGUGGCGCAGCUGCAGUGGGUGCAGCUGCUGCCCCAACUGUUGGAGGCUGGGGUCCCAAGAAAUGGGGUGGAGACAACCUGUACCCUGUAAACAACUACCAGUAAAACUAAUGGAAGUCUUGGAACACUCUGCAGGGAAAUCUUUAGUGCCAUUUGUUGUGUUCAGCUCAUCUGAGCACAACUCCCUGCAAUGCAGCUGUCAAGUCUAGUUGAGAAUCUUUAAGUUCACUCUAAAGGGUGUUGUAAAUAAAGAGACUGUUUUGCAAUAUUUAGAUUCUUCAACGUAGCUUUAUCUAGCUGCUCUUGAGUUAGCCACUUUCAAAAAAAGUAAAAAAAAAAGAAAACUAUUUUUAAAAAAUUGCCAAAAAAAAUUGUUGUGGGUAAUAUGUUUUAGGAUGAGGAUAAGUCAUUUUCUUAUUGCAAUUUCCCUCUCCCCCUCCCCUUCGAAUAUGGAAAUGGUACAUUGGUAACAUACCUGGUUGCACUAACCUGGAUUGUCUAUCAGUGGGCCACCCCCCUGUGCGCGCAUCUCUCCCCUCACUGUAAGCAGACCUGGCCUGAUUAAAGGACAUGAGAUUGGCUCCAAUUAUCUGACCUAUGAUGUAACGGAUUUUUUAAAAAACAAAUGUUAUUUCAGUGAUGUGAAAGUAAACAGUCUUCCCAGUUUAUUAUGGUUGCAUGUAGAUAGCGGCGAGAUUUUUGUGCAGUAACUCUCCUGUUUCUGUUCCAAGCGGUUUAUUUCCUGUCCAGGACUGUUACUUUUCAAAAGGACAAGGAAAUUUUCCUCCCUCAUAAGCUUCUCCUUAUGACUCUGGGAACGCCUGUAAUUCCAUCCGUACGUACAAUAGGGAGAGAGAGAUCUCCAGCCUGUGGCUGUGUUUUAAUUUUCCUUGUUAAACUAGAAAUAUAUCAAAAUCAGAGUAAUAUGCCAUUUUGGUGUUGUCUUAACUUUUUUUUUAAUGGUGUGAAU